AUGGUAUUCAAUGAAUCACUUAGCUUCAAUGGGAAUCAGUUAGAAACAUGCAGUUCCUUGUCCAAGAAGAAAUUCCAAACACCAUCGCCAGUGUCGCGGAGCGAAAUGGAUGAAGCUGCGCUUAAGUUGCAGAAAGUUUACAAGAGUUUCCGAACAAGGAGGCAACUAGCAGAUUGUGCAGUCCUUGCUGAACAGAGAUGGUGGAAAGUUUUAGAUUUUGCUGAGCUAAAACAUAGUUCUAUCUCAUUUUUUGAGAAGCAGGAGACUGCUGUUUCGCGUUGGUCUAGAGCAAGAACCAGAGCUGCUAAGCUUGGAAAGGGUCUAUCGAAGGAUGAGAGGGCUCGAAAACUUGCUUUGCAGCACUGGCUUGAAGCUAUUGACCCGAGGCAUCGCUAUGGCCACAAUCUUCAAUUCUAUUAUGUUAAAUGGCUCCAAUGUGACAGUUAUCAACCUUUCUUCUAUUGGCUUGAUGUUGGGGAAGGCAAGGAAGUGAGUGAUGAGAGAUGUUCAAGAUCAAAGCUUCAGCAGCAAUGCAUCAAGUAUUUGGGUCCAGAGGAAAGAAAGAUUUAUGAAGUGGCUAUUGAGGAUGGAAGACUAUUUUAUAAGCAAAGUGGGGAAUCUAUUAAUACAACAAGAGAUUUAAAGUGGAUUUUUGUGCUUAGCACAUCAAAGACAUUAUAUAUUGGGCAGAAGAACAAGGGUACAUUUCAACAUUCAAGUUUCUUAGCAGGUGGUGCUACACUAUCUGCUGGUAGAUUAGUGGUGGAUGAUGGUGUUGUUAAGGAAGUUUGGGCUCACAGUGGACAUUAUCUCCCAACAGAGGAAAAUUUCCAGGAAUUCAUGUCAUUCCUUGAGGAGCAUAAUGUGAAACUCACAGAUGUAAAGAAACACGGAAUAGACCAUGAAGAAGAAGAUAAAGCCAAAAUGAACAACGGAAUUUGCUUGGGAGACAAUCCUUUAGAGGCAGACUUAACUUCAGCCCAAGAACUAGUUCUACCUGACAUGGAAAAUGAAGAUUGUAAUGCUGAGUUAGAUUUUCAUGCACCCUUGUCAAGAUUGACAUCAAAACUAGGAUCAGAAAUGGACAAUGUGUCUGACAAUUUUGAAGAGCAAGUAUACACGCCGAAUGGCGAUGAUCCUUCUCUAGAAGAAAGUGGCUAUGGGACAGCAGAAGAGUCCUUUACUGAUGAGGAGGAAUUCAUGGUUCCAAAAUCCCACUUGUUUGAAGAACAAGAAGAGGAAGAGAAUGAAAGACAUAUCCCAAAAGAAAACAUAAUGAAGAUAAUAGAUUCACACAAAGGAAUGAAGUCAUGUCAGUUGGGCAAUCACUUAUCCACCGAAUGGAGAACAGGUUCUGGUUCAAGAAUUGGUUGCUUGAGAGACUACCCUGCAAAGCUUAGUUUUAGGAUUCCAGAGCAUCAACAUUUGUCUCCAAGGAGAGGAAGAACUACUCCAUCUCAUAGUGUCUUACAAGCAUUUCAUUUAAGCCUUGCACAUCUAGAUUUUGUCCAUGCAAUUUCUGCAGCUGAUGUUGAGAGUCCUAAUUCCAACACAUUCAGGCCAAUUGCUAGCCUAUGA